CUGCGCGUCAAGGGCAUUCUCUUUGCAUCUUCCGACGCAUCCAGAUCACCACAGAACGAUGCGCAACCACAUUGCCGAGGGAAGCCCCGCCAACCACGUGGAGAGGCGUCAGAAUGGGCUGCCAUCCUGCGCCAUCGAAGGAGGCGCACCUCGCGCGAUGAGCCGCAGCAUCAGUGCGUCGGAUCAAGACUCAGAAGAUACGCUGGACGAUGAUUCACUCAAGUGGCGGAGGUCAGCACCCGGCACAGCACAAGUGGAAGAAAGGCAGUCAGUCAAUCUUCUUUAUGUAUCCAUUUUAGAGAGCUGGAGACCACGGUGGAGCGUCACACGCGGCGGAUGGAGUACAACAACCGAAUGGCUGAAUUGAUCAUCACCUUCUUCACCCUGUUCAUUCUCAUCGAGCUCAACAACAUCCCCCGCGAGUGUGAGCUGGAGCAGUGCCUCAACGAGUACCUGACGGCAGGAGGGGAGUCUGACUACGACUUCUUCAUGACCGAUUGUUCGGUCCUGCGCCAGCAGUGCACACACGGGCCGGUGGGGAGGCUGAUGAAGAAGGGGGGCUCGUUCCGCAAAUGGGCUGACCUGCCCCACAACACCUCCGCCAUCGUGGGAGCCUACAGCCUGGUCGCUGACUUCUGCGUCUGUCUGCUGCGGCAGCACCCUGGCGACUUUCUGUGCGACUUCGAGAUAUCCACCUGCUUCCAAUUCAUCUUGGGGCUCUUCUUCCUCUACUGGCUGGAGGUGAGCAACACAGAAUGAAUGGUCAACAACCCUGAUUCAAUACGCUCGUCAUGGGUGUGUCUGCUCCCCUUAUCUAGGUGCGUUGCCGGCCCCCCGAUGUGUUUCUGUUGGUCGAGACCCAGGUGCGGUCGAUGGAGCUGCGCGCAGCUGGAAGCGCCAUCGACAUGAAGAUACGGGGAGGCGGCAGGCCACGAGGCAACAUCUUCUCCCGCCUCAACCACUGCCUCGGCGAUCGCAAGGUGGUCAUGGUGCUCUUCGGCUGCUAUUUCCUCUUCUGGCUGCUCUUCUAUCGCUUCUUCUCCGGCUGCUACUCGACUGGGCUAACGGAGAAACAGUACAUCAUCUCGACUAUCUGUGGCUGCGGCGUGGCGGCGACCUUCUUCAUGGUGCUGCUCGAGGCGUACGGGGAGUGGGCCAUCCAGCGGAUGGCAAGAAACAAGCCGAGAGGCAAGACGGCGGAGCAGAGGGGCAAGCAGCCGAACGUCAUGUUUCCUGCUAUCCAGGCGGGAGAGCAGAAGCUGCCGCCAAUGACAGCCCCCAGCUCCUCGCUGCCCGCGAUCUUGCCCCGGUCUGCGCCGAGCAUGGCGUUUCAAUCUCCCAUGACCGACACGUCGCAUUCAGUCUUCCAGCCGUCAGCGGCCGCGCCCUACACCAUCAACGUGGAGCGGCCCGUGGGAGAGGUGGCGCGUGCCGACUCGCUCGAGGAGGACCCUUUCUCACUCGAUGCGUCACUGCCCAACCUGCAGUGGAUGUCGGGGUGGCAGAGCAGACGGGGCAACAACCAGGACAACGGGCGGGAGAGGGGGCGGUCUAACAGACAGUGAGCAGAUGAGUCUGUCUGUCUGUUGUAGAUAUCUGUCUUGGUGUGUAUAUGUUUUGCCUUUUCCCUCUUCUGAGGACUGAGCGAG